AUGGACUACCAAAACAGGGCGGGCGCAAAGAAAGGGUCAGGAGGACUGGCCUCCGCUGCCCAGGAAAAUCUUCAUCGCAGGAAGCAGGUGGAAGACCUCUUGAGAGAAGGAGAAGAAGUGCCGUAUUCGUUUCAAGGUGUAAGUAAGGAUGAAGAAGAACUCAGUAAGAAGAAUCCGUAUAUCUACAAAAAUCAUGCAGGCCGCUUAGUUUGUAAGCUGUGCAAUACCAUACAUAUGUCGUGGUCAAGUGUCGAGAGACAUCUGGAAGGCAAAAGGCAUAGCUUGAAUCUUCUGAAAAGGGGUGGAUCUGCCGAAAGCGACCAGCAAAAAGGUUUGUCGUUAGAGGAGUCUUACUUCAAGCAGCAAGUGGAGGAACUUCGGCCCCAAAUCAAGAACACAGGGCCUACACCGAAUUAUCAGGUAGCUGCGAUCCAAGAUCCCGCGACGGGCUAUCGUGGGAUUGCAAUGAAAAUAAUGUACAACAAUCUCGACUCUGCAAUUGAUAGCGAAGAUCGGCCAUUGGUGAGAAUGAUGUCAAGUUUGGAACUCCCUAAUGAAUCUAAUGAGGACAAGAUGUAUCUUGCAAUCGCAUUCGAACCAUUCAAGACUAUUGCAUUAGAGAUACCACAUAGCGAGCUGUACGAAUCCGAGGAUGCACCUAUCAAUGAUCCGCUGGUCGAUGAAUUCAAUGGUAAAUGCACCUUUUGGGAUAUGGACGAUCUGACCCUUUACGUCCAGCUUUUUUUCAAAAAUUGA